AUGGCGCGACGCGCGCGCGGGACGCGACGCGAGCGAUUCGCGCGCGCGUGCGCGGCGCUGGCGCUGGCGACGACGCGCGCGGCGCGCGCGUCGACGCCCGAACGCGACGCGAGCGAGUGUCAGUGCCUGAGCAUUCACGACCCGCGGUUCGUGUGCGCGCCGCGCGCGCACGCGGGAGCGCUGCCGACGGAGACGGCGCGACGAGUGCUCGAACAGGCGAUAAAACGCGGCGACGCGCACGGCUGGGAGCGGACGAGGCUGAGGCACGCGUACCUGGACGAGACGUACGAGGUGAAGGUGAGCGACUUGCCGGAGACGACGAGAAACGAGGUUCGAAGCGCGUACGAAAAGUACUUCAUACCGCUCGCGCGCGAGCAGUGCAUGGUGGAUGAUCACUUUAAGUUUGAGGAUGAGGAGUUUUUCGUGGUGAAGUACGACGCGAAGGGAGAUUUUAAGAGCGCGGCGACGCACGUCGACGGGAAACACUUGAGCUUCGUGGCGUCGCUAAACAACGUCACGGAAUACUCGGGCGGGGGGAAUAAUUUCGAGGGAAUGUCGUUUUCUGUCCCACACGGUGGCGUGCAUAAGUUGGACGAUCACGUCGUGCCCGCGCAGCCGAUCGGGAGCGUCGUCGUGCACGGCUCGCAGCUGGAGCAUAGUUCGUUUGACGUCACCUCGGGACAGCGAUACGUGCUCGUCGUCGAGGCGCACGUGAAUAAGUCGUGUUGCUUUGAUUUCACCACAUUCAUGAACAAAUUCGUCACGAGAUUGCUCAUCGUCAUUUUUGCCGUCAUCGCCGUCAUGGGUGGCGUCGUGGACUACAUGCAAAAGAGCAUUCAAAAAGCGCGCAACGGCGGCGUCGCGCACGAAAAGGUGUGGUAA